UGGAGACAAUCCACUUUGAAUCAAAACUACCGCGCAAAACAAUAAAGAUUAGAGAAAUCAAUUACAUGUUUUUGAAACAAACGCUAUUAAAUGGCUCCGAAACGUAAACGCAAAGCCCAAAAUCAGCCUGGUUUAACCGCAGGCAGUGCAGUAACAAAAUGCAAAGUAUUAAAAACUGAAGAUGCAGUAUUAGAUGCUAAUCUUCCUGUUUUGUAUAUAGAACAUUGCCGAUCAUGAAACGUAUUUCGCCGCCGGGCUCUUCAAGUUCAUGCUGAUCUGCUUGAACAACUGCGUGCAUUAAAGCCAGAUGUAGAACUUCAAUUGCUUAUGAAUGUCGAACGUCCACCACGGCGUGGUUCAUUUGAGGUAUCUAUUGCCACAAGUCCUACCGAAGAGCGACAAGAAAUAUGGUCAGGCUUAAAUAGAAAACCGCGAGCACAAAAAUUUCCACCUAUUAAUGAGUUAACUGAUGCGGCUAGUCGAGUUUUAGGCUUAAAUGCGGUUAAGAACAAGGAAGGUAAGAAUGAAGCUAUUAAAGAUCAGACUGAGCAAAAAGAAGUUACUAAAUCUGGCAAUAAGCGAAAACGUUCAAUAUAAAAAAUGUUUUAAUUUUUGAAAACUGGGUAGCAUUUAUGACUAUCGUUUGGUAAAAUCUCUAAUAGAGAAGCUAAACGGUAUGAUUUUUUUUUUGCUCAAACGUGUGAUGAAAUUAAAAUAUUAAAAAUCUAUAAUUUAAAUGUUAUUACUGUAAGUUGGGAUACGUUUCAUUUCGUGCAAAUACCUCAAAUGUACGCAUAUAAUUUUGUUAAACUAAGUUAUUUGUUGCUGACUUUCAUUAUUACUCAAACGCAGUACUAUAAGUUAAGUUGACUACAUCCUAAUCCACGGUUACAAUGAUGGCCGUAGAGAGAAACUGCCCACUGGAAGAUUUAAUAUAAUCCAUUAAUUGCUGAAAAAAAUUGUUGCAGACAACCGGACAGCAGUGAGAAAUUGUCCCCGAUCUCCGCCCCUCGGUCACUGAUUGUUAUUCGCUUUAAUAAGCAGUAAUUAAACAACUAUUAAAACAAAUGAAAUAAAUCACAUUUUUAUUAUUGUAAAAAACGUAUGAAUUUUUGAAAAUAAAAUAUCUUUGUUCAAAAAGAUUGGUAUCCACUUA